AGAAGCUACUGUUACGACAGUGAGAUUCGAUUUACGGAUCAUACACGCUCCCGAGGAGCUGGAUGGUGCAGUUGGUGUCAGUAAACUAAGGAAAUCGGAACCGGUUGAUCGCUUUAGCCACUGGGAUUUCUACCUGAACCCAGAGCGGCUGCACCUCUCCGGUCCGAUCACGGUUCUAACUCGGUUCGAUGGCGGCACAGGGAGGAGCUCCGUUCCUGGAGAAGGUCAACAAGCUGCUCUGCAGACAGAACGGAAAACCAGUCCUGAAACCCAACCGACCGCUGGUGUUGAAGGAAUGUGUGGCCAACCGGAAACCGAAGAAAGGGGAGGCCACUUGCAUCACCGAGAUGUCUGUCCUGAUGGCUUGCUGGAAACAGAACAACUUCGUGGACGGACUGUGCUCCAAUGAGAUCCACAGCUUCUACACGUGUGUUCAGAACGCACAGGCUGCUAUGAAGAAGUCUAAACAGGGCGACAUGACAGGAGGACGUCUGUCAGCGAAACAGGCCACAACUCUGCUGAAGAGGUUUCCUAACCUGCGAUCUGAGAUCUGAGCUCAACAUGCUGCUGUUAAAUAUUUGUUUUCCAUCAUGUGGUGACUGGAUUUCCCGUGACGGUGGACAGAUUGGCCAGCUGCUGUACGAUGAUCUAUUUAUACAUUUGUUCAAUAAAUUGUUAGUUAAACUCACACUCUGAUUGUAACACCACA